UAUUAUCGUCACAUCCGCUAGUUCCAUUCAUUCACCUCCAUCCGCUGGCCGUCCCUUCUGGCAGCGCAGCAAGGAAUCAGAGUUAAUCAUAAUCAUCAAAGGUGCGAGCUGCGUUCGCCGUUCGGUCACUGUUCGAGCCUCGCCGGUAUGACCUACUGUACUAAACCUAUCAGCAGCAUUGCGUCGCAUCAUACGAAUGCUUUUGCCUCGGGGCCCCGACGAGAGGGAUGAGCUGCAAGACGUCCCGCGUCAAGAGCGCGAACAUCAGCGCAAUUACGGCGGACCAGACGAGGCCCUCUUGCGCAAGGCCGCCGUCCUCGUAAAGUCGAUCAAGAAGAAUGCGCAAUUACCUAGCCGGCGCGCAAUCAAUUGCAACGAGAUGGACGAACACACCUCGACGACGACCGCCUCCGGAGCGUCAUCUCAGGAUGUUCCGACUCCGCGGUUGCCCACCGAGGUCUGCGGACGGAUCAUUGACCAUGUAGCGGCGGGUUUGGAUCUCGACUACAUAUUUCUGGCUGGGAAUCCAGAACUCCUAGCGCUUCGAUCAUGCGCACUAGUAUGCAGGGACUGGUACUUUCACACCUGGUACCAUCUCCGUGGGCGUCUUUACCUCCGUGACCGGAACGACGUCCGUUCACUUUCCAGGACGCUCCGCGAGAGACCACGCCUCCGUGGUGUCGUCCAACAGGUCGUCAUCUCGGGUCAUACAUCUGGCCAGCGUUCAGUAAUUCAACACCUCGGAACGUUUACCGCCAUGCUUGCCGGGAAGCUCCCGGAGCUCUCGACGAUCACCAUCGAGGACGUGGAUUGGACCGUAGGCUCGAUGAGGAUGGACGACUUUGGGUAUAUCGCCACAUAUCACCUUGUCCAUACAUUGAUCAUCUUCAAAGUCACCGUGUCGAGCAUCGCCCAGCUGGCCCGCCUCAUCUCAUCACUCCCUGGCCUGAGAGAUCUAUAUUGCCUCAAUGUUGACUGCUCGCAGAAACACCCAGUCUCUCAUGUCUCUCUCCCGCUGAACUCUGCAAGUCUGAAGCUCCUCCGAGUCGAUGUGCGAUGGGUUGCACCUGCGGUUGAAGACCUCCUUGGGCGAAUCAGCCAGGCUUCCCGGCUAUGCCAUCUCCGUCUCGGAGUGGACGAAGACUUCACAAUACCCUCCGCACGCAGCAGAAGCCAAACUUUGUUGAAUGCAAGUGCCGCCUCCGUGGAAGUCCUUACGCUCCAUAUUGUUCCUGACUCUCCCAUGGAUAGUGAUACUGUUGACUCCACCAACGACACCUCAACCUGUCGCGCCAUGAAAGCUUGCGGCAAUUGCGGAUUUACCUGUCCCACCCCUUUGUUGCGUGGUCAUGGAUUCCUCAUAUCGUCUCUCGAAUCCCUUCAAAACAUCUCGUGGCCAUUUCUGUUUGGUUCUACUUUCGUGCGGAUCAUGCAGCCAUCGACUUGGUUGAGGCGGUGACGAUGAUGGAGGAUGACGGUAUCCUGGUACAGUUGGACCACAUAUUGCAGACGGAGUGCUUCGCCAAUAUCGCACCGGGUGGUAUAUGUCUAGGCUUCGAUCAUAAUGGCGAUGCCCGGCUGCCGCUUGCCAAGUUCUUUGGUCAAGAAUUAUCAUUCCGAAAGCACCGCGGCCGGUGGGACAGGCUCGUUAGACGGAAGAUGCCGGGGUGCGAUAGACGGGGCAUAUUGACCACCACGCAUAGU